AUGACCAUUGAUUGUUCUGCUGCCAAUACAUGUAUGAACGAAGGUACUUGUAAUGAUGCUGGCAAUGCAUGUCUAUGUGAGGCGGGAUUUACUGGAGAGUUGUGUGGUACAGCGACUACCCCGGCCACAAGAAUGCAAGGGACUCUUCAAUGUUAUUCUUGUUCGACUAACUCCAUAACGGAUGUUUGCUCUACUGCUGAUGACCUUGCAAGCGGUUCUGGAGUACUAACUCCUACAUGCUAUGAAGGACAGAGUUGUUGGACUGAUCAUUAUGAGAACUCGUCACACACGGUUGUGUCGCGUGGAUGCACAGAUGACCAAUGCAAUACCUAUCAUGAAGGUGGUGGACCUUACUGCACUAUGGCUAAUGGUGGUACCAGUUGCACAUCCUGUUGUACUGCAUCAAAAUGCAACGACAACAAAUCCAGCUCCGAGGGUCUCACUUCUAGCUGUGUGACAUGGCUGACAUCUCUUUUCUCAGUGGUCAUCAUUAUCAUCACUUAUAGAACCUAACAAAACUCAAAUGUCAAAAGCUGUUCCCAUAUUAUCAUUUAUUAUAAAAGGCAAAAGUAUGCCAACUCCAUUCACAAUCAUAUUGUAAACAUAUUGUUAAAGGUAAUACAAAGUUUUGG